AUGUCGCUCUGUAAAACUAGGUUACAGGAGGAAAGAAAGCUCUGGAGGAAGGACCAUCCAUUUGGGUUCUUUGCAAAACCAAUCAAGGCCGAAGAUGGGUCCUUAGAUUUGACUACCUGGACGGCAGGCAUUCCUGGUAAGCAAAAUACAUUAUGGGAAGGUGCGACUUAUCCGAUAACUAUAACAUUCCCAGAAGAAUACCCAUCCAAACCCCCCAAAGUCAAAUUUCCUGCUGAAUUCUAUCACCCGAACGUAUACCCGAGUGGAACCAUUUGCCUAUCUAUCUUAAACGAGGAACAGGAUUGGCGUCCAGCCAUAACUUUGAAGCAGAUCGUCUUGGGGAUACAGGAACUCUUGACCUCGCCUAAUCCGGACUCGCCUGCGCAAGAACCUGCAUGGAGAGCGUUUCUUAAGGAAAAGGAUGUGUAUGAGAAGAAGAUAAAGGAGCAGGCCAAGAGGUAUAUAUCAACGACAUAA